AUGAGUUCUGGGGCACCCUGUAUUUAUCACCCUGCAUCAAUUAUUAUAUUAUUUGAAUGUAAGGAGGAUCUGAUGCACGGUCACUCUGCGUUGAACCAGAGUGCGUUGUUCGGCUGUUCGGCCGCCGGACACAGCGGCAUCAACCAGCUGGGCGGCGUCUACGUGAACGGGAGGCCUUUGCCCGACUCGACGCGGCAGAAGAUUGUCGAAUUAGCGCACUCGGGCGCGCGCCCUUGCGACAUUUCGCGGAUUCUGCAAGUGUCCAACGGAUGCGUCAGCAAGAUAUUAGGAAGAUAUUAUGAGACCGGUUCAAUAAAACCCCGAGCGAUUGGCGGGUCCAAACCUCGGGUGGCAACCACACCGGUCGUGAAUAAAAUCGCCGAUUACAAGCGCGAAUGUCCAAGCAUUUUCGCUUGGGAAAUUCGAGAUCGCCUUCUCUCCGAAGCGGUCUGCAACAACGACAAUAUACCCAGCGUAAGUACAAAUAAACACAGCUAA